CCACAAAAAAAUAGUUACGCGCAACGCCCCGUCAUUCUUCACGCGCCUCGCUGGUUCCUUCCCUCACUGCGCAUCGGUUCGCUCGCUCGCUGGCUGCGAAUCGUGAAAAGCAGAGCGAAGGUGAAAGAAUCUCCGAACCCGAGGGUUAGGGCAACUCCCUAAUCCGAUUCAGCCGUCCGCUUCAUCGGCGCGUGGAUCCGAUUUCGGAGCCGUCGGAGCAAGAUGGGCGCGAAUUCUAUGUCCCCCGAUGCGAGUCUCGAUCUCGACGAGCAGAUCGCGCAGCUCAUGCAGUGCAAGCCGCUUUCCGAGCAACAGGUUAAAGCUUUAUGUGAGAAGGCUAAAGAGAUAUUGAUGGAAGAAAGCAACGUCCAGCCCGUAAAAAGCCCCGUAACAAUUUGUGGUGACAUCCAUGGGCAGUUUCAUGAUCUUGCUGAACUUUUUCGAAUUGGGGGAGAGUGUCCAGAUACCAAUUACUUGUUCAUGGGUGAUUAUGUGGACCGUGGAUAUUAUUCUGUCGAAACUGUAACACUAUUAGUGGCCUUGAAAGUACGAUAUCCUCAGCGAAUUACUAUCCUUAGAGGGAAUCAUGAAAGUCGUCAGAUUACUCAAGUUUAUGGUUUUUAUGACGAAUGCUUAAGGAAGUAUGGAAAUGCUAAUGUUUGGAAGAUAUUUACAGAUCUGUUUGACUAUUUUCCGCUGACAGCAUUGGUUGAGUCAGAGAUAUUUUGCCUGCAUGGUGGAUUAUCUCCCUCAAUUGAAACUCUUGACAGCAUUAGGAACUUUGAUCGAGUACAAGAGGUACCUCACGAAGGACCGAUGUGUGAUCUACUAUGGUCAGAUCCUGAUGAUCGAUGUGGUUGGGGCAUUUCACCUCGGGGUGCCGGUUAUACUUUUGGCCAGGAUAUAUCUGAACAAUUCAAUCACACAAACAAUUUGAAGUUGAUUGCUAGAGCUCACCAGCUGGUCAUGGAUGGAUUUAACUGGGCACAUGAACAAAAGGUUGUGACUAUAUUUAGUGCACCUAACUAUUGUUAUCGCUGUGGGAACAUGGCUUCCAUCUUGGAAGUCGAUGACUUCAAGGGCCACACAUUUAUACAGUUUGAGCCAGCUCCUAGGAGAGGAGAACCAGAUGUCACCCGGAGAACACCUGAUUACUUCCUCUGAAGUCGCUCCACUGUUGUCUACUGAUUUUUGCUCAUGUUUCCACGGGUGUCUGGAGGCCGUUGAUCCUGCUGGGAGAUAGGUCAGGCUGCAAAUUCUUUAGUUCUCCCUUCGCAUUAGCAGGUGUUGCUCUUGCCAUAUGAACUAUUUACGAUAUGAUACCACAACAGGUUUGCUUAAGUGGCUCUCUUGAGUCAGUGUAUAAGAAACAGGGUGAAGAUGUGGAUAGUAAGUGUGUAAUUUGUUAUGGCUUUUUAAGUUUUGCUCAAUGCAAUCUAAUGGUUAUGUAGUAGGAUUGAGUGAACCCUGUGAAUAGUGAAUGUUUCACUUUUGUAUUUCAUUUACUAGAGCAGCGGGUUGUCGUGAUCAAAACAUGGAUUUGGUCGAGAACUUGUAAUGUCAUUCUGUCGUUUUCACCUUUAGUUUAUUUGAGAUGCUAUUUUGGGUC